AUGAAAUGGAACUCGCGGUUCUCGGCGACCUUGGUACCAUGUGCGGUUCUUGCAGCAAAUCCAUGGACAACAACAAAUAUGUCGGCAGAAAAAGAGCCUGCUUUAACCCAGUCCCAGUGUGCAAUGCUUUUUGUAAAAACGCACAAAGGAACUAUUACAAGUGGUUACAACAUGUCCAAUAGUUGA